AUGGUUUCGUUUCCAGUGAAACCACUCCUCGUCGUCGUCGUGUUGACUAUUUCUCUCCUCCUCGCCGUGAUUCUGCUAUCUCCGUCGCCUCAGUUCGUGCACACUCCACUCUCCUCUUCGGGUUCUUUGCUUGAUUUGGAUAUAUGGAGUGUCAAGAGGGUAGUGGAAUGGCGUCCUUGCAAAUGGUGGUUACAAGGACAUCUCACUCCUCUACCUUCGAAAAGCAAUGGGUACAUCCGCAUUGAUUGCUAUGGGGGCCUCAAUCAGAUGAGACGCGAUUUCUGUGAUGGUGUUGGAAUCGCUCGUUUAUUAAAUGCCACACUUGUUCUGCCAAAGUUUGAGGUAGCUGCAUAUUGGAAUGAGUCGAGUGGAUUUGCAGAUGUGUUUGAUGUAGACUACUUCAUUCAAAAGAUGAGUGGCUAUAUCAAAGUUGUCAAGGAUCUGCCAACGGAUAUAGCAUCGAAACAGCCAUUCAGAGUAGACUGUAGCAAAAGAAAAGGUCAAUUUGAUUACAGAGAAAGCAUUCUCCCACUAUUAUUGGAACAUCGUUACAUUUCUCUUACACCCGCAAUGAGCCAGCGCAGGGACAGGUAUCCCCAAUACGCUAAAGCCACGCUGUGUCAAGCUUGUUAUUCUGCUCUACGCCUCACUAGCUCAUUGGAGAAGAAGGCCAUCGAACUCUUAGAUGCCAUACCCAAACCUUUUUUGUCACUUCACCUCAGAUUUGAACCUGACAUGGUAGCAUACAGUCGAUGUGAAUACCGAAACCUAUCUCCUUCCUCAAUUGCUGCCAUUGAAGCUGCUCGAGUAGACAGAAAGCCUUGGACAGGAGAGCUUGCUCAGAGUUGGAGAAAGCGAGGCAAAUGCCCUUUGACUCCUAACGAAACAGCUUUGAUGCUUCAAUCACUGAGAAUCCCAACUAGCACAAACAUAUACUUAGCAGCAGGAGAUGGUCUGAUGGAGAUGGAAGGUUUCACAUCGGUCUAUACAAAUGUUUUCACAAAAUCUGCUCUGCUAAACCACGAAGAUUUCACAGGAAUGCAUGGAAACACAAAAGCUGCAUUGGAUUUUUAUGUUUCCAUCAACAGCGACGCGUAUGUGGCUACUUAUUUUGGAAACAUGGAUAAAAUGGUUGCAGCGAUGCGAGCUUAUAAAGGAAUGCAUAAAACUCUGUUCUUGAGCAGAAAAGCAUUUGCAGAGCUCACUUCUAAGGAACUUGAAGAGGAAGAGCUGAAGAAAGCUCUUUGGGAGGUUCAUAAGAAUGAUUUUGAAAUUGGUAGAGGAUCUGCAUUACCUGACUGUUUCUGUGAAUUUAAGCUGUAG